AUGGUGACCCUGGGGAACCGUCGGCAACGGCCCCCCAGUAGCUAUCUUGGACAAAAUCCCCAGAGGUCCAAGGGACACAACGUGUUCACAGUAACAAUGACAGAGCUGCAGAAGGAGGACUCUGGAUGGUAUUGGUGUGGUGUGGAGGUGGGAGGAGUCUGGAGUGCUGAUGUCACAGCCUCCCUUCACAUCAAUGUUAUCCAAGGUAUGUCUGUGGUGAACAACAUUGUGAGUGGAGAGGAAGGGACCAGUCUCACUGUCCAGUGUCUCUACAGCCAGGGAUACAGGCAGCAUGAGAAGCGGUGGUGUCGUAGUGGUGACUGGAGCUCCUGUCUGGUGACAGAUGGUGAAGGGCGGUAUGAAGACCAGGCAGUAGAGAUCAGAGAUGACCUGACCAAGGCUUUCACUAUCACCCUGAAGGGACUGGCCCGGAGAGAUACAGGCUGGUACUGGUGUGCUGCAGGACAACAACAGGUGGCUGUCCACAUCCUGGUCACUCCUCCAUCCACAACAGCGCCUGCUCCUACAGUGACGUCCCCACCAGAAGAAAGCCCCCAGUCUGUUCCUGUGUCUCCGUCUGUGUCUCCUCUUCCCAGACACGUAGCUAAAGGAGCAGACCCCCACAGGCCACUAUGGGAGUUUCCUCUGAUGGUGUGUGGAGUUUUGUUCAUCUUGAUGGUUCUGGUGCUGCUGCCAUGGAAGAUACUGGACCAAUACAACAAAACACACAGGACAAGACAGGCAGAGGAGCUGGAAGCCAGACUCAGUGACCCCCCAGGUGACGACUGGCAGAACACCUCUGUCAUCUUCCUCAACUCCGCCUCACAGAAGGUGUCAGGUUUCUGACCCCGCCCACCCUCCAGUCACCUCUGAACUCUAACUUCCACCCUCUAUCUCUGGCCACCUUUCUUCAGAGCUGGACGCCAUGUUGCUGCCUCUAAAUAUUCCAUCCAUCCAACAAUAUGUUCAGUACCAAUAUGUACCAAUACCAUGCUGUAUGAUCCUGCCCUUUGGUACAGACCUGCUAAGUAUCACAAAUGCUAAUGAUGUUAGUUAUUGUGAUCAUUACCUGACAUAAUAAUGUUACGAUGUUUACUGAAAUCAGUGUGUAUAUAAUCUACUGUAACUAUUUGUUUGUAUUACAUAUUUACAUUUUCUAUAAAAAAAAAUUACAUGAAA